AUGACUUCCGAGCGUGAAAGCAAGACUUUCCUCGCCCGCCUCUGCGAGCAGGCCGAGCGCUACGAUGAGAUGGUCAACUACAUGAAGGAGGUUGCCAAGCUGGGCGGUGAGCUCACCGUGGACGAGCGUAACCUGCUGUCCGUGGCCUACAAGAACGUUGUUGGUACCCGCCGUGCCUCGUGGCGCAUCAUCUCCUCGAUUGAGCAGAAGGAGGAGACCAAGGGAACCGACAAGCACGUCUCCACCAUCAAGGAGUACCGCCUCAAGAUUGAGCAGGAGCUCGAGAAGGUCUGCGAGGAUGUCCUGAACGUCCUUGACGAGGCUCUCAUCCCCAACGCCGCCACCGGCGAGUCCAAGGUCUUCUACCACAAGAUGAAGGGUGACUACCACCGCUACCUGGCCGAGUUUGCCUCUGGCGAGAAGCGUAAGGGCGCCGCCACCGCCGCUCACGAGGCUUACAAGAGCGCUACCGACGUUGCCCAGACUGAGCUGACCCCCACGCACCCCAUCCGCCUGGGUCUUGCCCUCAACUUCUCCGUCUUCUACUACGAGAUCCUCAACUCGCCUGACCGCGCGUGCCACCUCGCCAAGCAGGCCUUUGACGAUGCCAUUGCCGAGCUGGACUCUCUGUCCGAGGAGUCGUACCGCGACAGCACGCUCAUCAUGCAACUGCUCCGCGACAACCUGACCCUGUGGACCUCGUCUGACAACGCCGAGGGCGAGCAGGCCACCGAGGCCAAGAAGGAGGAGGGCGACGCCCCCAAGCCCGCCGAGGAGGAGGCCAAGCCUGCCGAGGAGACUGCGCCCGCCGCUGCCUCGUAA